GAGCUUUCAAGCAUUAUGGCACAAGAAAGAUACCACACGUCGUUCUGGAUGGGCUAAACAUGACCGUGCAAAAAGGGGCCAUAUAUGGUCUGCUGGGAGCCAGUGGCUGUGGGAAGACGACAUUGCUCAGUUGCAUCGUGGGUCGACGCAAACUUAACUCUGGCGAUAUCUGGGUCCUGGGUGGCAAACCAGGCUCUAAAGGCAGUGGUGUGCCUGGUCCAAGGAUAGGAUAUAUGCCUCAGGACCUUUCUUUGUAUGUUGAGUUCACCAUACGAGAAACUUUCAUGUACUUUGGAUGGGUCAACGGAAUGAGUACUGAAGAAAUUUAUGAGAAGAUGGAUUUUUUGUUGAAGUUCCUUCAACUUCCAUCAGCAAAUUCUUUCGUCAAAAAUCUGAGUGGCGGGCAACAGAGACGAGUCUCGUUUGCUGCAGCUAUGGUGCACAGUCCAGAACUUCUCAUUCUCGAUGAGCCAACAGUUGGUGUUGAUCCAGUGCUCAGACAGAAUAUAUGGGAAUACCUACUAGAUUUGUCGAAGAAUAAAAGGACGACAGUCAUCAUCACCACCCAUUAUAUUGAUGAAACCCGACAGGCGGACAUGAUUGGUCUAAUGAGAGGUGGCAAAUUCCUUGCUGAAGAGCCCCCUGACCAGUUGCUGAUGACUCACAUGUGCGACACUCUCGAAGACGUGUUCCUGAAGCUAAGCAAGUUACAAAACCACGGAAAGCGACGACGAAGCAGUUACAUGCUGGAAAUCAUGGGUCCGCCAAAACCUGAAGAGAGUGAAUCAGAUCUGCCUCCUGAUGAAGGGGAGAAAUGGGGCCUGAUGGAUUAUCUCAAGUUUCUGUCCCCACACAGAAUGAAGGCUGUCGUAUGGAAGGAUUUCUUAUGGAUGUGGAGGAACGUUCCUAUAAUGCUGUUCAUCAUUGGACUGCCAGUGGUGCAAAUAAUUCUGUUCUGCUGGACAAUUGGUCGAGAUCCUAAGGGCCUUCAUCUGGCUUAUGUGAACGAUGAGCUGAACUUCACGACAGCCUGCAUGCCUAUGGACGGAUGCAACUACAGUCUUCUGAGCUGUCAAUACCUGGAUUCUAUAAUGUCAAGGGAAAUAAUUUUGGAUCGGUUUGAAUUUGAAGAUGAGGCCGUGGAGGCUGUGCGGAGAGGUAGGGCAUGGGGGGCUCUGCACUUCAGCUCUGACUACUCACACAACCUAAAGGAGAGGAUGGAGAACGCACGUUCGGCUUCGGAUCUUGUCGUCAAUCAGAGCAGUGUGAUGGUGCAGAUGGAUAUGUCCAAUCAACACAUUGGGUACCUCCUGAGCCGGGAUCUGUUCAUUUCGUAUAUAAGUUUUGCACAGAAACUUUUUGAGUCUUGUGGCAUUAACCCUAAAGCAGCAGACGUUCCUAUUAGAUUUGAAACACCAGUUUAUGGUGAUCAGAUACCAGACUUCACCAACUUCGCCGCUCCAGGAGUUAUCCUAACUAUAAUUUUCUUCCUCUCACUUGCGCUGACUGCUAGUUCCAUGAUCAUGGAGCGAAAGGAAGGGAUGCAAGAGAGGUGUUUGGUCUUGGGUGUAACUCCACCUGAGAUCCUGUUCUCACAUGUAAUAACACAGUGCGUUGUGAUGACGAUACAGACUAUAAUGGUUCUUGUCUUCUCGUUCGCCAUCUUUGACAUUCUCUGUGUUGGCUCUCUCUUGUGGGUCAUCAUUCUGACAAUGCUAAAUGGGUUGUGCGGUAUGUGUUUUGGAUUCGUUGUGUCCAGCCUGUGUGACACUGAGUUAACUGCAACGUACUUUGGAAUGGGAAGCUUUCUGCCGAUUCUUAUGUUGUGUGGCAUCUGCUGGCCAAUUGAGGGGAUGCAUUACGUACUCACAUACUUCAGCUUCGUCUUGCCCCUCACCUUCGCGACAGAAUCUCUGCGUGCGAUCUUGGCCCGAGGAUGGGAAAUUUCACAACCAGUAGUUUACUAUGGUUUCAUAGCAACAGGUGUCUGGAUUAUGGUGUUCCUGAUUAGCAGUCUCUUGAUACUAAAGUUUAGAAAAGGUUAAAACAGAAAUCAGGGACUAAUUCAGCGUGCUUGGUAGGAACACUGGUAACUUGGAAAAAAACAAAAAACAAGUAAGGUCUGAUGAGGUAAGAGAUGGAAAAAUUAAGCUUACGUAAUCAAAAGAAUGGCCCCAGACACGCAUAAAUUGAAAAUCACCAAAUUUUUGUCUGUUUAUGUGAUGAAAUAAUAAUGUAAUCUGGUAUAAUCAUUUGAUUUUAAUGCUCCGUGCUAAAUAAGAAUUUCCAGUACUUCUAUAAAAAAAAAAAUACUGACACAAAAGAGACUUAUUUGCCCAAGAUAAGUUAAAAAAUUUUAAAGUGAAAUAUUUUGUAUGGUCAAACUAUCAUCAUCCGUUGUUAUUUCCAGUAGCGUGAAUCAUAGCCUUCCCUGUCUCUACUCUUUUUCAUUUAUCUUCUUCACUGCCUUCCAUUAUGUGAUGUAUUUGUUCCACUCUAGUUGUAAUCUGACAUUUUGUUUGUAGUUUUUCUACUUUCACAUUGAAAUAUUCUGUGUUUGGAACUGGAAAAGCCAUUAAAAUAAUCUAAUGUAUGAGGCUCUUGAUGAUGAGGUUAUACUUUCAUAUGUUGUCUAAAGCUCUGGUUUUAUUCUUUGAUUCUUAUUCCUUAAAAAUUCUCUUAGUCUGUUUUUAAAUUCCCACUUCAUACAUCAAAAUAAGAAAGACAUUUUAUAUAAGUAUCUACUAAUCAUCCAAUCACUCAACAUUAUAUAAUCUGAAAUACUUAACAGCAUUUUGAAAUAUUAUCUUUGUUAAGUAUCUCUGGUAAAAUUUGUCAACUUCACAGAUGAUCUUGGUAAUUUUGUCUCUCAAUGUGUAUAUGAAUCACACAUGAAUUAUCAUAUUGGUAGGACUAGCACAACACGGUUUCUUGGUUAUAUUCUCUUGGCAGUAAAGCUCUUAUUGUUGGUCUUCUGGGUUGUAACACAAUGUGGACUUGUAGGAAUACACUGAUAUUUAAAAAUCUACGUGGUUUUACAUUCAAGAAAAGCAACUUCAAAAUCCUUCACCAGCAGUUAACAAAGUACUGAUUCCAAUUCCAAAGGGAAAUAGCUGGAGUACAUUUAAGAAUGUCAAAGACAAUGGUGAUUUUUUUUUUCUGUGUAUCUUUGAGGCAAUCUUGGAAGAGCUUAUCCUUGCUCAUGUGUAGUUAGAAAAGUUCUUUCUUCAAAGUUGACUUAUAAAUUUGGAUAAGCUUAUUGCUCAAUCUACACAGGUAAUUUCUUAAUCAAUCUUCUAUGUUAAGUGAGAGAGUGAGGUUAUGAGGAACAUCACAGAUUUAAAAUUACUUUACACAUGUUAUGAAUUUUGAUGAAAUUUACCUGAUUAUUAUUGUUGUAGAAUGUUUAUAUUGAAGUAAAUUCUAAAAAGGUGUGAGCCUUACUGAGCUGCCAUAUCUCUGAUACCGGAUAAAUAGGAAAGUAAUGUAGUUGUACUUUAUAUUAAUUAUUUUUUAUUUCAGCCACUACUGAGGAAUUAAUACUUGCACACAACCUGUAUUUAUGUUUCAUAUUCCUUGAAUCUGACAUCUUAUUUAGUGCUAGUGAAGAAAUAAAUUAAAUGUACAAAAUCAGGUGCUGUUGUGAAAAUGGUUAUGAAAGCUUUAGAUCAUACACAAUAAUGAACAUUGCUGUUCCAUAAAAGACAUGGAACUUACAGGUUAUCUAAGUGACUUUCAGGUACUCAAGGACUCUGCUACAUGGUAUAAAUUUAAUUUUGCUUAGUUUGGUGUUUUAUGAGAGGGAUGAGAAAUUUCAUGGGCCAAGCAGGUAAUAAGUUGUGCAAACUCAGAAAUGUUGAAAAACCUAGAAGACCAGUUUCAAAACCAUGGUUUUUACAUCCAUUGGGAGUAUAUGAAAUGUGUAAGCAUGUUCCAAAAACAGAUGAGUAAUGGUCUUUCAUAUGUUGGCAUUAUUGUUGAAUAAGUUAAUGAAAAGCAGGUAAUAUGAAUGGUGUUGCUGUAUUUGUUAUGGUUUUAGAUUUUUAUUUGAUUCUUUGGUAAGUCAUAAAGUUAUUCUGAAUUUAUUUCCUUGUGGAAGGGAAAUUAUUAGUGAAGCAUUAUGCAGACAUUUAUGUGUAUAAAAAAAUUUCACUUUAAGUACAUAUCUGGAAGGACAAGAAAUUUUAAGGGAAAGAAUUGUCUGUAAAAUUGUACUUUAUAAUAGAGAUUCACAUAUCAGUAUGAUAAUUUUUAAUGGAAUGGGUUCUUUCAGGAGCCACUGGCUUAGCACAGACCUGUCAAUCUCAUAUCUGCAUCUGAGCCAGUGAUAUAAUUUUGUUCUUGUGACCCCAAGUCAAAAUAUUCUGUAACUUUCUGCAGGUCUUACAAUUUUUUCAGGUUUCAGUGUUUGGACCAUACAAGGUUGUAUUUUCUAAUAUCUAGAAGGACUGUGUGACAGUACAUUGUGAUCCACAUAUUUGCUAUAAUACCAAAAUCACCAUAUUUUCUCAGUUUUAAGAACCACUCUUUUCACAUUUUAACAUUUCUGAAAUCGAGGUGCACCUUACAUUUGGUGGCAUCAAAAAAUCGAUAUAGUGACUCUUUUCCCUGAAAGCCUGUUAUCAAAUCAAGGGUUUCUUAGAAUUAAUGUCAUCUUAAAAUCAAGGAAAUAUAGUGUUGACUCAAUAUUUAUCCUAUUUUGAUUUUUAAAUUCUUCCAAGAUCUGCAUUUAGAUAUAUUUUACUAACACCAGUUUUAAAGAUUCUUUACUGUUACAAAGUGCAAUAUUAUUUAGUGCUCAAGUUUGUUUGCUGUUUGCUAAGAAAUACAUAAUAGUAAAUGUGUUUGAUUUAGCCAUGA